CCACGAUAUCCCGAAUCCGCCGCAUACAGCCAUGUCUGGAGGGUGGAACACGAUUGAGAGUGAUGCAGGAGUCUUCACCUACUUAAUCGAGAAGCUUGGCGUCAAAGAUGUCCAGUUCGAAGAGCUAAUGACGCUUGAGCCCGACGAGCUGAGGCAGGCGGGGCAGAUAUAUGGCGUUAUAUUCCUCUUCAAGUACCCGACGGGGGAGACACGGUCUGAUACGCCACAGGAUGGGGCCUUUGACUUCAGCGCCGCAGAGGAGCUGUUUUUCGCUGCACAAACUAUACAGAACGCUUGUGGAACGCAGGCUCUAUUGUCGGUACUCUUAAAUAAAGAUGGGGAAGUAGAUAUUGGUAAAGACCUGAGAGAGUUCAAGGAAUUCACUAAAGAGUUUCCUGCCGAGUUCCGAGGCGAAACCCUAUCAAAUUCAGAUCUUAUCCGGGAAGUCCACAAUUCCUUCGCCAAGUCGUCUCCCUUCAUCGACGAGACACAACGAGCUGCAACUGAGGAAGACGAUGUCUAUCAUUUCAUCGCCUACACCUCCAUAAAGAACAAACUCUACGAACUCGAUGGCCUUCAGCCGGCACCCAUCUCCCAUGGUGCCUGCACCGUCUCCGAAUUCCCCGACAAAAUCAUUCCCGUCCUCCAACGACGGAUCGAGCGAUACCCCGCUACGGAAAUCCGAUUCAAUUUAUUAGCAUGUGUCCAAGAUCUUCGCAUUCGUGCACGGGAAAUGGGAGAUGUGGAAGCAUUGGAGGCCGAAGAACAGAAGCGCACAGAAUGGCAGUGGGAAAAUUCACUGCGGAGACAUAAUUUUGUUGGGUUUGUUGGAGAGCUAUUGAAGGGGGUGGUUAAGGAUAAGUUGGCGCAGGGUGGGGAUGCGUACGAGAAGUGGGUGGAGGAGGCGAAGGGGAAGACGAAGAAGAGAAUGGAGGAGAGGAAGAAGCAGGGUUCAACUGGGGAUGAUAUCGAUUAAGAUGGUUUGCGUCUCAAUGUUGUGGCAUUCCUAGCUAUUGCGUUGAGGGCAAACGGCUUCUGGAAUUGGAUGAGGCAACUCUAAAACGAUGGUGGCGGUCUGGCUCGGCGGGUAGGCUCUCACAUUGCCCCAGGCACUAGGUUGAACGCAAUCAAUCUUCAC